UGUACUUUUUUAACGGAACGUCCCUUUUAUAUAUCAUUAGCGCUGACAUGUGGUCAGUAUUCCUUCUGUAUCUUCCUAUAAAUACAAUUGUUAAGGGUGUAAAGCCUGAUCCUGGGUCGGUUGUCUUUAGGGCCAAUCCGUUCACAAUUUUUCGUUACCGUGCGGAAAUAUGUGCUAACAACCAAUCAUAUGAACCACAUCACAAUUUGUCAGCCAAUCGCUGAACUCCACUGAGAGUUGUGUGAUUUUCGCGCCGGCGCGUAGUGUGUAUUUUUUUUUCCAGUGAUCGUCUGUCAUCGGAUCUGAGGGAAACCUGUUCUAUCCACAAUAGUUAGCUAGCUACCAAGUCAUUACUUCAGAUUAACACUACACUAUUAUCCAGCCAGUUUAGCCAAAGUUCCUGAAUCCAACCGUCAUCUACCUUUGUGAAGUGAACUCUACAAUACCAUUAACAUUACUGCCUGACCAGAAAUAUGGAAGUGCAACACUCUGAUGAAUCAAGCCAUGACAGUCUUGAGGAGAUCGAGGACAUCUCAGACUCUGGCAGUGACUUUGAAGUCCAGCUGAAGGCCAUGAAGCGGAGAAAACAGACCACUGUACUACUAGGACCUCGGCCACCCAAGAGACCUAGGCGUAAAGCUGCAUCCCAGGCCAGCCCAAAUCCCAGCACCACCUCCACCCAACAAGCCCGUUCCCCUCAGCCACCGCAGCCUUCCCUGGGGAGGACUAGGCAGCUCGGCUCCCCCAGGCGAGAGAGAGAGAGGAGGGGGAACCAGGGCAUGAGCGCUGGGGAUAUGUAUGAGGCUGUGAGGUCUGGAAAGAGUGCUAUGGUGGCGGUAGUGGACGAGUGGCUAGACAGCUACAAGCAGGAUCGGGAGGCGGGCCUACUAGAGCUCAUCAACUUCGUCGUUCAGUGCUGUGGCUGCAAAGGUGUGGUGAGCAGAGAGAUGUUUGAUGGUAUGCAGAACGCUGAGAUCAUCAGCACACUGACCAAAGAGUUCAAUGAGGACUCUGUGAACUACCCCCUGUGCUCCCCUGGCCCACAGUGGCGUAAGUUCCGGGCUAGUGUGUGUGAGUUUGUGCAGGUGCUGGUGCGCUCCUGCCAGAACAGCUUUCUGUACGACGAGUACCUCUUCUCCGCCCUGCUGGCACUGCUCACCGGCCUGUCUGACUCCCAGGUCAGGGCCUUCAGACACACCAGCACCCUCAUCGCGAUGAAGCUGAUGACUGGUAUAGUGGAGGUAGCAGUGAUGGUGUUUGCCCAGAUUAAGACCACCCAGAGACGGUACGACGCAGAGAGGAGCAAGAGUGCCGAACACAGAGCCUCAGAGAGGCUGGAGGAACUACAGGCCACCAUCAGCGAGCUGCGGGAGCACCAGGAGGAGCUGUCCUCCAUGAUGAAUGCUACGUUUCGGGGUGUGUUUGUGCACCGCUACCGGGACCGCGUAGCUGAGAUCAGGGCCGUAUGUAUCGAGGAGAUGGGCGUGUGGCUCCGAGAAAACCCCGGAGACUUCCUCAACGACGGAUAUCUCAAGUACCUGGGCUGGACCUUGCACGACAAGCAAGGCUCCGUGCGUCUGCAGUGUGUGCGGGCCCUGCAGGGCCUCUACAAGGAGAAGGACUUAAUUGGACGCCUAGAGCUUUUCACCAGCAGGUUUAAGGAGAGGAUGCUCUGCAUGGUGCUAGACAAGGACCCAGACGUGGCGGUGGAAGCUGUCCAGCUGCUGCUGCUCCUCCAACAAAGGACAGAGGAAGGCUUGUCCGAGGAGGAGUGUAGCCAUGUCUAUCCUUUGGUGUUUGCCUCCCGCAGAGGCCUGGCAUCUGCUGCUGGUGCCUUCCUCUACCACAAACUGUGUAGUGCGAUGAGCAGCGAGCCACAGGAGGCAGACAUGGGCAGUCGCCGGGCCGCCUUCUUCAACCUACUGGUCUCCUUUUACAUCCAGAGUGAGUUCCAUGAGCACGGGGCCUACCUGGUGGACAGUCUAUGGGGUGUAGCAGGCGCUGAGCUGAGGGACUGGGACACCAUGACAUCACUGCUGGUACAGGAGGCUGACCAGGGACGAGGUCUGGUGGAUGAGGAGGAGGGGGCGUUGAUAGAGUUGAUGAUGUGUGCUGUCAGACAGGCAGCUGAAGGACACCCGCCUGUAGGAAGAGCUCAGGCAAAGAAGAUCCUGAGCAUGAAGGAUAAGAAGACCCAAGCCCAGGACAAGAGACGCAUCACCACCCAUUUUAUCACCCUCCUGCCCCAGCUACUGGCCAAGUACUCUGCGGACGUGGAGAAAGUGACUUGCCUUCUGAAGGCUCCGCUUCAUUUUGACCUGGAGACCUACAGCAGCACUGGUAGACUGGAGAAGUAUCUGGAUCUGCUGCUGGCCCAGGUGUGUGGCAUCGUGGAGAAACACACGGAGUUGGGUGUUUUGGAGGCAUGUGCUCGCGUGGCGUGUGCCCUCAGCCACGACAAGUACACCUUCUCCGGCCGUGCCGACCUGGUCGUCAGCCAGCUACUGGACAGUCUGACCGACCGCUUCAGCUCCCACCUCAACGAGCUGCUGCAGGGCACUGCUGAUGAAGAUGAGGUGUACAGUGCUGCUACUGCCUUGACGAGAAUCGCAGCCUUCAGCAGUGCCAAGGACCUGACUUCAUGGAAGCUGUUUGAACCCUGCUUUCAGCUGCUGAAGAGUGGAGUGGAGUCCAGAGACAUCGACAAAGAGCUGAUGGUUCCUGCUCUGAAGUGUGCAGCGUUCCACGUGCUCUGGGAGAAAGUCAGGGUGGCCAACUCUACACCAACCAAGGCAGAGGUAAAGCGUCUGAAGAAGGAGGUGCGUUCGUUCUGCAUCGUCUGUCAGAGCUGCCUGUCUGUGGGCCAGCCAGAGAUCAGAGACCAGGCAUUUGAGCUGCUGUGUGACAUGCUGCUGUUGUUUGGGGUGAGCUCAGUGAGGUCUCAGCCCACCUUGCAGCCCCUGGCCCACCCCCCCUCCGACUCCCUCCGCUUCGACAUGGCUGCCUUCCUCCUUGACUAUGUCUUCACUGAGCCUGACGACGACCAACUGUCCGGUGAGGCAGAGGGAGUUGAGGAGGUGAAGAUGGCUACUCUUCAGCGGCGGCGCAACCAGCUGGCCGGCUACUGUAAAUUGGUUAUCUACGGCAUCCUGGAUCUCAGCACUGCCACUGAUGUCUUCAAAUACUACAGCAAGUUCUACAAAGACUACGGUGACAUCAUCAAGGAGACUCUGAGCAAAACCAAGAUGAUCAGUCCAGUGCAGAGCGCCAAGACUGUCUGCCUGAGUCUGCAGCAGUUGUUCUCAGCACUGGCUCCAGAGUGCGUUGGUGGAGGCCAGGAGUUUGGGGAGAUCAGAGAGCUAGCUAAAAGGCUGGCCAUGAGCUUCGGCAUAGACCUGCACCGCAUCCGCAAACCAUUGGUGUCCCUGCACAUGGAUGGUAUCCGGUUUGCGUUACGGGAGGCAGCAGAGGUGGAGCAACCCCCCAACCUGCCCUUCCUUGAGAUACUCAGCGAGUUCAGUUUCAAACUCCUACGUCAGGACCGAGCCCAGCUGUCUGCUUUCCUGAGUGCUGAGUGUGGCUCUGCUGCCCCCUCUUGGCCAUCUCUGAGGAUGUACCAGCGCUCUCUGCAGUCUGGCUCCUCCAAGCCCCGAGAGGAUGGGGAGAGGAGCGCAACGCUGUCCCCCCACAGCACCCCUGCAGCCAAACGCAGGAGGACUACCCCCCAGGUGUCCAGCGCUAACAGAGGUCCAUGGCUGGACAGCAGCAGUAUCCAUAGCAACGUGGCCACCCCAGGUCUCACCUCCACCGUGCAGAGACAGCCGUCCAAACACCUGCCCGUCACACAUAAUACACAGGCCUCCACCCCAGGCUCCGACAAGGGCAGCAUCAUCUCCGAACCCGAGUCUGAUGACGACUUUUCAGAGGGCGGCAUCCACAACAACCUGGCCACCCCAGGCCUCACCUCCACCGUGCAGAGACAGCCGUCCAAGCACCUGCCCGUCACACAUAAUACACAGGCCUCCACCCCAGGCUCCGACAAGGGCAGCAUCAUUUCUGAACCCGAGUCUGUUGACGACUUUUCACAGGGUUCACUGCAGCGCAAGGUGGAACCCAGGCGAAGGAGCAAGCUGCCUAUUGCACAAGCCAGCCCCUCUGGGCACUGUGACCUCGAAUCACAUCUCACCAUGCUGAGUCUGAUUGAGGAAGAUGAGGAUGAUGAAGUGGAGGAAGAAGAGCCUGAGAUUGAGGACUUCGAGAGUGACGAUUCUGACCACGACACAGACUUUACACUGCCGUCCACCCGUCGCUCCACCAGUUACUUAGAGGAGUUGUUUCAGUGAGGGAAAGGACCCCAACACAGUAACAAGAAGAACAACACUUAUAGGAGAAGAUAGUCUUACGUUGGUAUCCCUCAGACAGGCAUUUCAGGGUUAAGCAGUACAGUACAUAACGUUGUUACACUUGUUGUAAGCUCUUAUUAGAAUUUUUUUGUUGAAUGAAUAAAAUACAAGUGCCUUACAUUAUGAAUGUUUCAAAGAUGCAAUGUGAAAAAUAUCUUCAUGGCUCAUAUAGGAAUUGUUAGACACAUGGUGUUUUUCUUGUUUAUGACUUUGUGGUUGUGUUUCCAACUGUUAAAUGAGCACUGAUUUAAUAUCUAUCAAUAAAGAACCAAUUUCUGAGGA